UACGUAAUUGUGUCAAAGAACGUCAACUCAAGACAGGACCGGAAGUUCAGCUGUCUACAGAGGGAGUUACAUUGAAAGUAUAAUUUCAGUUGCUCCUAUAAUUUCUGUAUUACUUAGUUUUUAUUUUGGAGGUUUCCGGAAUGUCCGAGACUGAUCCGAAGUCCGUGCAAGACCUCACUGUCGUGGUACAGACGUUACUUCAGCAGAUGCAAGAUAAAUUUCAAACUAUGUCAGACCAGAUCAUUGGAAGAAUUGAUGAGAUGAGCACUCGUAUAGAUGAUCUAGAGAAGAACAUCGCUGAUUUGAUGACACAGGCAGGAGUUGAAGAAAUAGAUGGCGAAAACAAGGUAAGAACUCUGGAUUUCUCAUCUUGUAAAAUUCCUGGAGAAGAAAAUAGUUAUAGUAGCACCUUUUUUGGUUCAAAGUACUGA